AAACGCUCAGGGUUGCAGCAGAAACACUCCCCGUCUUUUUUCUUUCCAUAUUUAUAAACGCAUCAUAUCCCAUUUAUAUUAUUUCUGAGGUUACAGUUCUUUGAGGCCAGUUGCAUGCAUUGUUCGUCUCCAAAAAUGGUUUGCGAGACUAAAAUUGUUGCGGAUGAACACGAUGCCAUACAAGGGACCAAAAAAGAUUCUAUUAUCGUUUCCUCCUCGCAAAUGUGGACUUCUUCCACACCGGCACCGAAUCCGAUCGAGGAAAAUGAUGUGAGGAAAGAUACGGUUUUUAUCCGUGAGUUUGAGCGCACGGACCAUGUGGAAGUGCGUCGCAUCUUUUACGAGGGGAUCAUGGAGAGAAUCCCCAACACCGCAUUCAGAGGCAUAUUACAGCAAAGUCAAACCCAAUUCUUAUAUGUUCUUCUGACACUAAUGUGCUUUGUUGUGAGCAAAUCCCUCACGCUGACCAGCUGUGCGCCGUUCGUUCUCAUGGCCGCGCGCUACUUCUACAGCAGCAAAGUUAUCCACAACUAUCUGGCCUGCGCGCUCCGAACUGACAUGGCGGACAUCGAGGAGUAUUACAUGAAACCCACAGGCUCGUGUUUCUGGGUGGCAGUGCUGGAGGGUCAGGUGGUCGGCAUCGUGGCUGCGCAGGGCCGGGAGGACGAUAACACGGUGGAGCUGCGCCGCAUGUCGGUGGACUCGCGCUUCCGCGGCAAGGGCAUCGCCAAGGUGCUGGGGCGCCGCGUGCUGGAGUUCGCCGUGCACAACAACUACGCCGCCGUUGUCCUGGGAACCACCGCCGUCAAAAUGGCCGCCCACAAGCUGUACGAGUCACUGGGCUUCCGGCGGACGGGCGGGAGCGAGGACUACAUGCUGCCUGGCAUGAGCGGCUCGCCGCUAGAGAGGCUCUUCUUUCAGAUCCGUUACCAGCGUUACCGCCUGCAGCUCCGCGAGGAGUGAGGGGUUAGAGAGGGAGAGAGGGAUGGAAAGAGAGAGCAACGACACCUCCUCCUCGAAGCAGAGCCCCUCGCCCGACGAGCCUCGACCAAGUCCCCGAUCAAUCUUAUACUCCUCUGACAACUUUAUUUUGUAUCAGUUACUUCUUCUUACUACUUACCGCUACUAUGUCUAUUCAUUAUUUCUAAGUCAUUAACUUAUGGGUUUUUGUUUUACAUUUUAGAUUUAGUGUUUUACCCCCCCCCGCCUUUGAGUAAAUUAUUUUGUUUUGCCUAUUUUCCCGUCCUUUCCUGUUGUAAGAAAAAAGAAUCCCUAACAUAUAUCACCGUCCCAAGCCUAUUCAAAUGACAUCAUCAAUUGAGUGUUCCCGUUGCUUUUGAUAGAAAUUUGAUUGCAAUCAGUUUUUCGAUCACCAUGACAAAAUCCCCCCCAUCCUUCCUUCCACCCUCCCUUUACUAAAAUCCCCUCCCACCCCCUUCAGAACACCAAUCAGAGGCUUAAUCAGGAGGGUGGCGUGUUCCGUAACAUUCAGAUAGAAAUAUAUCACGUAGAACAGUCAUUGUCCUUUGCCAUGGAAAACAGGCAUUCGUGUCCGCCCUAUACAUGGCAUUUCUAUCUGAAUAGUUUCUAUCUCAAACGCACCCUGUCUCUCGUUAGCCCGCCUAAGCCCUCUCCAUUGUCACAACAACGUUUGUGCCCAAAAAGACCUGGACAAAAAGACAAAGUAGGUUGGCAUUUCUCCAGCUCAGCCCAUAUUGAAGCACAGCAAGGGUCAUCAAGUGUACUGUACCAGCCCUGUGGAGAGACAGGAGGAACAGGCAGGACAUGUACUGUGGACACACACUGUGGAUCCUGCAUAGGCAGGAAAACAAACACAAACAGGCUUGCGUCCCAAAUGGCACCCUAUUCCCUAUAUAUUGCACUACUUUUAACAAAGGCCCAUAGGGCUCUAGUCAAAAGUAGUACACGGUGUAAGAAAAAGGGUGUAAUUUUAGAUGCAGACACAGUGCAUUUUCUGUUUCCUAAACCCUCCUGCUUUCUGCUUUCACUAUUUCCUCCAUCUUUGGUCACGUUCUCUUCCCCUCAUUCAACACAGUGUCAGAAUCUAAUUCUAUGAUUCCAUUCCACCUGCAUGGGAACUAUGAAGAGGGUCUCUCUGAUUGGUUGGGAAGACGAGAGGGUAGUUCAGGCCAGGGGUACGUACCCAUGCAGGGUGAAUACUGUGUCAAUGUUAAUCAUAUUACUAAUUUAAUCAUGGGUUUUUCUAAUGAGUAAAUUAUCUAAUCUAAUGAAACAUUGAGUGUUACUGAGUUUUAUGUGUAAUUAUCAAUGUUUUACUAAUUGAAUCAAGAUAAAUUUGAACAUUUUGAAUAUGUUUGGUAUUUGAUUGAGAAAUUAGAGAUGUUAUUAUUAUUCACAACAUUUGAUGGAAGCAUUGCUACUUUGUAGUAUGCACAUUUUAUGGAUACUCCUACAUGUACAUAGUAACCGCAAUCUAAUAUAUAUUUAAACCAGGUAACUGGGGGAAACUACUUGGGUAGACCUAAUACAUUAUUCAAAAUAUUUGCGGACUUACAGUACAUAGCUGGCUUAACAAAAUGUAUCUAAGCACAAAUGUUUCAGUUUGAAUUUAGACACAAUACUAUAUCCAAUUUACAGGUAUAUUUAUAUCCUUCUGUGUAUGUAUUAAUGUGUAUACAGUUGGAAUACUCUGUACAGUAUGUAGCUGACAAACCCAAAAGACGUCCCUCUCCCUCCCCUUCAUAAAGAUAACCACUCUCUCCAUUUCCAUCCUCCUAUCAGAGACAGAACCAGCAGAGGGAGAGAUACAACUUCUAUGAGCCCAAGAGUUUGUCAUACUUGUACAAAAAUCCAGAAAUUAAAUGUUUAAAAAAAAAAGUUGACAAAAAGAUGUCAUGAAUUGUGCUGAUCCUCCUUGCCUUGACUUCUACUCCCCCUUCUGACCCCCCAUUCAUAAAUCUGACUGCAACCCUGGGCCAGACCCCCCACCCCUCCCCUCUCUUCUACCCACUCCCCACCCCAUCUCUGCAUGCGCCACAGUCUUGCUGCGCUGCUUUUAUUCCAUUUGAGCUUGUAACACAACCACCCCCCCCCAAAAAAAAUAAACCUGCCCCUAUUGUGAUGUCAUCAAAGCAGUCUGGCCCCUCCCUGCAACGAUGGUGGAGGAUGCAUAGGUGUGUGUGUUAAGUUUGUGUUUGUGUGUGUUGAGUGUCUGGUUGAGUGUUUGUGUGUGUUGAGUGUCUGGUUGAGUGUUUGUGUGUUGAGCGUGUAUGUGUGUGUUGAGUGUGUAUCUGUGUGUGUGUGUGUGUGUGUGUGUGUGUGUGUGUGUGUGGUUGUGUGUGGAGGUAGGGUAGAUGAAGAGGUGCAUUAAACCCACUCACCGCAGCGCAGCACUGCCUUGAUGACAUCAAGCCUGCCAAUUGUAAAAUGCAAAAGCAAUGCAAGUGUGGCAUGCCUCUGUUCCUGGUGUGUGCGUAUAUACGUACGGUGCCUGCCCUGGAAAAAUAAUCGGAAAACGACAUUUAAAAAAAUAUCUAUUUUUUAGCUGAACAUAUAAACAAAAAUGUGUGUUUCUUUGUCAAGAGAAAAAAAAAACUUUUUUUUUUUGCAUGAGAAGUGUCUUUGAAUGAAAAUGUCUUAUAGGAUACAUUGUACCACAUGGCAAGCAGUGGAGAUAAAACGUUUCAUUUUUGCAUUAAGUUGAUAUUAUCAAUGGACUCUUUUUAUCAAGGGAGUGGUGAUAUCAUGCACAGUGAGAAGAAUCCUAUGGAGAUGUGACAAGGUCAUAGUUUGUCCUUGGGUCGUUUUGACAAACGUCAAAUAAAGCAGUGAGAUCAUGUUGAUGUAUCAGAUGUUGGGUCAUUCGACUAACUGUCUGCUGUAUUAUCAGAGGACUUCUCACUGUUCUGACACUCCCCUCUUCCUCAUUCAACCAUGUGAAUUGAGAUGUGGAGGGCACAAAAAAAUGAACCAGUUAGCCCAGAUUUUUUCUCCUUCUCCAAUUUGACCUGGUCAAAAGUAGUGCACUAUAUAGGGAAUAGGGUGCCAUUCGGAAUAGUGUCAAAUUUGGGACGUACUAAAUGAUCUAAAUUAUGAUCAAUCCCCCCCAUCUGAAAAUUUCAGAACAGACCUGGGUAUAGUAUUUUGGUGUGGAUCCACCAGAAUGUAGGAGGCAGAGGUUAAAUGGUGAGGCUAUAAGAGCGUACUUACUAAGAAGGUAUGCCAGAGGCUGGUGGGAGGAGCUGUAGGAGGACAGGCUCAUUGUAAUGGCUGGAAUGGAGUAGAUGAAACGGAGUCAAACGUGUGGUUCCCAUAUGUUUGAUACCGUUCCAAUAAUUCCAUUCCAGACAUUACAAUGAGCCCUUCCUCCUUAGCUCCUCCCACCAGCCUCCUCUGGUGUUCACUACAAGUGUACACUACAUAGUAAUGUAGUAAGUGGACUCAUGUCUGCUAAAAGAUGAAUGUGAAGUCUUAUCAAACUGAGCCAUGAAUGCUGCUGUCGCCAUUUCAAUAAUAAUAUACCCUCUCGUUAAGCAUUGUGGGUGAUCUCAGCCUAGGCUACUAUUUGUGUUCUUGAUAAAUGACGUAAUAGUAUACCAAGACUCCGCAAAAGCCUUAUGUACUGUAAUAAUUACAUGCUGACAUUCAAAUAUCCCACCAACAAUCUAUAUGGCUUAAGGUAGCUAAUUAUUAAUUUCCUGUUUUAAGUUGUUAGAGAGGAACAGACAAACUACACUGUUAUGUCACUAGCCUACAAUGCAUUUUACUGUAUUCUGUUUCGUAAAAGGGUCAAGCCUGUGUUUAUAUGGGGAAUGCUAUGCUAUGCCCUGUUCGGUCUGGUCUUAGUACUUCUUGAUUCUGGUAAAGCAUACUCAGUAUUAGAAAGUAGAAGAAAUACUGUAUGCAACCACCACCACUAGUGUGAUUCUCUAACUUAAUAAUACUAUUCCAUACCAUUCCACUGAACCUCUGCUGAUGUACAAUUCAAGAGAAAAUGUUUUUUUUUUCUUUCUUCUUUUCUUUUGGUUCUGAGAAAAUAGGGAAAUAUUGUUAGUGUUGACUUGGGAACAUUGGAGAAUGUUCAUGUAUUGUUAUCUGCAAAGGGUUUCAGACAUGUGUGCUGCAUCAGAACUAAACGCCUCUCUCAUUGGAGCGCUCCUUUAUCGAGUGCUUUCCAAUCCAAAAACUAUCAUCCGAUCACCUAAAUUGUGGUGAAGAAACCAUGCAGGCUCACAAAAUACUCAAUUCAUACUUUAUCGUAGUCCCUCCCACCUGGAAAUACAAGUAUGAGACAAGAAUCCCUCAACGUCUGUCACCCAGAUGUCAAGUUGAACACGCACACUAUUGUAGAAGUAUAGAUAUCAAAACCGCACAAAUAGUAUUCCUGUGAGUAUAGGUGUUUUGUCCUGGGCGAGUGCAGAUUUCAAAGGCCGUGGAGUUAGUUAAUAGCAGACAUGAAUGUAUAUGGGUGCCGUUACUAAGGGUCUUUGUUGCGAGAAAUUGUUAAAACAUUUUUUUUCUUUUAAGACAGAAAGGAUUAAGACAAAAAUAACAAAAAGCAGCUAAUGGUUCUUCUAUUGCUGAGAAAACCACAACAUUUGAUGAUUAAGAGUGACUGUGUACAUAGCUAUAUCUAUUACUGUUGUUUUGAUUUACAGUUUUUUUAUAUAUAUAUAUAUAUAUAUAUAUAUAUAUAUAUAUAUAUAUAUAUAUAUAUAUAUAUAUAUAUAUAAUUUCUGUUGAUUUCAUCAAUGCUAAAAUAAUGGACAUUGGAACUGUCUGUCUGAGAAGAUGGCUGUCUUUGGAAUGUUCCACCAAACGUGUGGGGGAGGGGGCAUGUCACUGUGGCAGUUUACCUGGGGGGACGGGACAAAAUGGACUCUCCCUCUCUCUGUACUCCUCUGGUGAAUUUAUCACUCUUCUGUGGCUAACAGGAUGACUAACUCUCCACUGUGGCCACAGGUACCAAGAACGCAGAAGCACUUGUAGCACAAUUGUCUUUUUUUUCUUUGAGUAUGGAUUUUUUCUCUCCUCCUAGCCAAUAUCUACAACCUCUUGCUCAUAUACCGUAUGUAUCAUAAGCUUAUAUACAAGACAACGUUAUAUAAAGAAAUGCAUUACUAUGACCCGUGGCUAUUUGUUGAAGUUUGACAUUUGCCAAAGGUGAAAGUUUUGUUGCAUUUUUCUCUCAAACUGCUAUGUUGUGUUCAAGAAGUGUCAACAAAAUCCCGUAUUUAUCGGUAUCAUUUUGGAAACCCUGCUCACGUGCCAUCUAAUCAAGCAAUAAAAACAAACAAACAAUGAGAUAACGAAAUACAAUCGUAUAAAUUAUUUUAUUAGUACGAAAUGCUGCAUUGUUGUUAUCUCAUAUGCUGGUGACGGAGGUUCGGGCGCUGUGACGUUAUCACCGUUGGCAUGGCAACACAUCACCACUGACGAUAUGUUGAGGCCUGAAUAAGAGGUGUGAUUGUAUAAUGAUUAUUUUUGUAUUUUUCUUUAUAAGAGGUUUCAAAUGUUUUUUUGUUUCAUUUUUUUACAUUUUUUUUUAAAACUUGAAGAUGAAUUCUACUGGUGUACCACUUGCAUUGUUUGUACAGGUGUUAUUGGGGGUAUUGGGGGGAGAAAAGUCCUUCCCAGCAGAGAGGUGAAAGAUGGCAGAGUUUCUGAAAGUGGUCUCUGUUAUCUAUCAGUCAUGAGCUUUAUUUAUCAGUCUAAAUCUUGCUUCUGAUUCUCUAGUAGUCAGGAGGAGUAUCCCAGUAACUCAACUACAGCCAGGGGUUUGUCACUACUACUGAAAAUAAAAAUCAGUUAGCCCAUAACAAAGUUUAAAACGCAAGCUGAAAAAAAACUCUAUGAAAAUCUUGUGUGAUUUCCAUGAAAGCGAUUCAACGUUUAUUUUAUAUAUACUAUCAACAAUUUAAUAAAGUUGUAAAGUGUAUUUUACUGUAAAUAGCAUCCACAGGGUAUUUUUUAUGAUCAUUUUGUAACAGAAAUACCUUAAUAUAACUUUUUUUUUACAAAGUUUACAAAAUCACACAAAAAAAAUAUAUAUCCAAACCUGAGAUUCAAUUGUAAUGAUCUUUUCAACUCUCUCACUAAACUCACCAAGCCAGAGACCGUUGGUUCAUUUUCAACUUCUUUCAGAGACCACUGCCAUCUUUCCCAGGAUCAAGGUGCUGUGUGGUUUAACCUCAGUAGUCAGAGAGAAAAGCCUACUGUUGUCCUGUUCUGAUGGAGAGGGAGUGGCCUGUCAAUGGCUGGAGAGCACCCAACACUGUAGCACAGCACUUAGUGGAUGUGUCCAAAAUGGAACUUUAUUCCCUGGCACUACUUUUGACCAUGGCUCAUAGGGGUACGGUCAAAAGUACUGCACUGAAUAGGGUGUCAUUUCAGACUCAGCCAGUGUAUUAGCUAGCCCUAGAAGUGUGCAGCAGCAACAUAUUCUCUCCACUUUCAGAUCCUGAGCUGUGAUGGCUGUCUGUUGCUAGGAAACCAACCCACACAAAGCGCAGCAGGGAAAUGAUAUGCAGCCACACUGAGGGAGUGAGGAGGCAGGCAGGUCAACCAGCCGGGCCGCCCCUGAGGGAGAGGGGGAGGAGUGUGGGAGUGAGUGUGUGGCAAGGCUAAGGCUAUGAUUAAGAGGGGCGAGGGAACCUUGUAUGAGGAUGCCUUGGGUGCUUAAAGUAGGCCACUGGGGAAGAAAAAUGAGGUAAACAGUGACAGGGAAAAGAGAGGGUUAUUACAGAGAAGAUGGAUCAGGGUGCGAUCGCAGACAGUUGAGGGUCUGAGACUGAAGAGCAAAUGAGAAGAGGGCUAGGGGAACCCAAGGGAGACGGGUUCAAUUGGCUCAAGGCCUUAGCAAGAGGUCAGCCAAGCAGAAAAGAGGUGAAAGGUGGUCAUAAGGCAGAGGGAUUUGACCGUGGUUAAAACGCGGUUAAGGUACGGCCGGCUCGACCAGACCGCGCCUGACCUUACCUGAAUAGAGUGUAGAUGCAGUGAUGACCUGGUGUACCUUUCUGGGCUCGUAUUUACAAAGCAUCCCAGAGUAGGAAUGCUGAUCUAGGAUCAGUUGGACCUUUUAGAUCACAAUCAAUACGAUUUUAUGGACUGGGGAAACCUGAUCCUAGAUCAGCACUCCUACUUUGAGACGCUUUAUGAAUACGGACUAUUCUUUAUGUUCCUCCUUCUGACGUUCCUUUCUUUUGACUGCUGUAUUGUUACUACUGAUUAACCAUUUUUUGUUUUUUGCCGAUCAAUGGGAACACUGUAAAGCUGUAAAGAUAAAGAUUUCCUGCAUUGUGAAAGAAAAAUGGAUGUACAUAUUGUAUCAAUUAAAACGACAAUGCAUAAAGCUUUUA